AUGGAUGGGGAUCUCAGCCUGUCCCAAUCCUUGGGAGGUCUACGGAUUGCAAACCCGGAUGAUUCGUCGUUACAUUCGUCCGAGGAUGCGACCACUCCCGCCCCGACUGCUGCUUCUGAACCACCAGCAGAUUCCGAACCAACGCGCGAAUCGACUCGGUCCGAACAACUAGACAAUCCUCUGUCGACAACACCACCCCAGCCAUCAAUACCGCCCUCCGCGGAAUAUCCUCACGAUGCCCCGGCUAUAACUGAGCCGUUGGCUAAGCCAGUUGAGAAUCGAAGUUCCACAUAUCUUCCUCAGACCGAUUCACCGCAGCCUGCCCAGCAAACUCCCGCCUAUAUCUCCCAACAACCAUACCCUCAAUCUUCACAACAGAACCGUUCUUUGGGCUCCUCUCGCCCUUUGUCGGGCCUCUACGCAUAUGCGAAUGGGUCUACGUCGACAUUAGCGGCCCGGGAGGGUUCCUAUCGGAUUCGUACUGAUUCCGCCGCAUCGUCCGCCUCCGAAAGCCAGGCCCGGGCGGAAUCCCGUGGUGGUUCUGCAGCUUACCAGGCAGGGGUUCCGAACAGCGCAGCUACCGAUGGGCAAUGGGCCCAUGGUGAUGCGCCAACCGUCCCGUGCUCGUGCGCGUCCCUCAGGGGCUCCACAACUCGCCGGGCCCCGUAUGCGGUGGAAAAUGGCCAAUCCUCGAACGGCGAGGACUGGAAUGACCGAGGGGCCGCGGUGGCAGUCAGGCAAGAGAUUGAUGCCAACGGGAAGCCCGUUGCUCGGUACAUCAAAAAGGGAGUUCGCGACUUUUCGUUCGGCAGCACCCUGGGAGAAGGCUCAUACAGCACUGUUGUACUCGGGACAGAUCGUCAAACGCUCAAGGAAUACGCCAUCAAGAUCUUGGAUAAAAGGCAUAUCAUCAAAGAGAAGAAGGUGAAAUAUGUGAAUAUCGAGAAGGAUACCCUCAACCGGCUUACUGAACAUCCCGGUAUCGUCCGACUCUAUUAUACCUUCCAAGAUGAACGCUCGCUAUAUUUUGUGUUGGAUCUUUGCAAGGGUGGUGAGUUGUUGGGGGUGUUGAAACGCAUGACCACUUUUGACGAAGAGUGCACGAGGUUCUACGGGGCUCAGAUUUUAGACACUAUAGACUACAUGCAUAAGCGUGGCGUUAUCCAUCGCGAUCUGAAGCCGGAGAACGUUCUCCUUGACAGCCAGAUGCACAUCAAAAUAACCGAUUUCGGCACGGCAAAGAUUCUCAAGAGCCAGCGCAAACCAGACUCGAGCACGAGUGGGAUGCCGCCAUUGGACUCAACAGACAUCCCUGAAGAAGAGCGGGCAAGCUCCUUUGUUGGUACGGCUGAGUAUGUCAGCCCCGAACUAUUAACAGACAAGAACGCGUGCAAGGCAAGUGACCUGUGGGCAUUUGGCUGCAUCAUCUAUCAACUCUUGGCUGGUCGCCCUCCAUUCAAAGCAGCGAACGAAUACCUUACUUUCCAAAAGAUCGUUGGACUCGAGUAUGAGUUUCCUCUCGGUUUCCCUGAUGUUGCUCGUGACCUCGUCGAGCGUCUCCUUGUAUUGGACCCAACUCGUCGGCUGCCAAUCGAACACAUCAAGAACCACGAGUUUUUCCGGGGCAUGACAUGGGGCCCAGACUUGUGGAAACAAAAAGCGCCCCGUCUCAAAGCUUAUGUUCCUCCACCCCGCGAGCCGAUCAAAUUGAACGGAGCUGGGGAAGGGGACGCCUUUUCUGCGGGUAUCAAUGCAGGACCAUCAAGUACCAACAGCGCCAAUCCUAGAGUUGUCCCUAGACUUGUCACGGAAUUGCCCCCUCCAAGCCAGCUCGACAUUGAAUGGUCGCCCGUGCUUACUAAAAGCAAUGAAAGGAUAUUAAAACUGGGAAACCUCCUGGUACUGUCUUCGCCAGCUGUGCAUAGUCCUUCCACCAAGAGUGGGGGUGGCGAGAGCGAAGCGCCGAAAAAGUUCGCGCGCUUCUUCGGGGGAAGCACAACAAAGAAGCGGCAGCGGCUGGUCAUGGUCACCUCCUCUGCACGUAUUAUUAUGGCCGCGGCUGGUGGAGAUGAGAAAAAGGCAAAGCUGGAGAUUUCCCUGCUAUCUCCAGGAACACACUGGCGCUCCUCAACGGAUUCGAAAGGGCUCCCUUGCUGGGUCGUUGACACGCGUGAUAAACAUUACGUUUUCGAAGACCCUAAACCAUCAUCUAGCAACUCUGGUGCGAAUGCUGCCAAUGCGCAGGAAUGGGUGGAUUCGUUGGAUCGUGCACGAGAGAUGGCUUUGACUCAGCAAGCGAAUGGGACAUACUCGGCCGACGAGGCUUUCCGCGACAUAUCGUCGGAGCUGUCGAGCCACGCCAACACAUUGGACCGCAACUCUGAGGUUCACCACGAGAACCCACCUGGACGAGCCACUCUAGUUAAACAUCAGCCUGCAGAUUCGGAUUCCGUCAAAGGAAAGAAAAGGUUCAGUAGAAGGCAUUCAAAGAAUGGCCUGGCAGCUGUUUUCUAG